AUGCCGAAGGGGCGGCGCAGCAGCCGGAGCCCCACGAUGAGCCAGCGACCGGCUCCGCCCCUCUACUUCCCAUCCCUCUACGACGGCGGCAUCUCCUCGUCGCCGCUCAGCGACUUCAACAUCUGGAAGAAGCUCUUCGUGCCGCUGAAGGCGGGAGGGGCGCCGGCGGGAGGGGCGCCGGCGGCGGGGGGCCGGUCCCUGCCCCUGCCCCUGCCCCAGCCCCAGGCGCCCUCGGCCGCAGCGCCCCCGCCGCCACCAGGCCUGGGUCCCCCUAGUGAGCGCCCUUGUCCCCCGCCCUGGCCCUCCGGCCUGGCCUCCAUCCCCUACGAGCCUCUGCGCUUCUUUUACUCUCCACCGCCGGGGCCCGAGGCAGCGGCCUCCCCGCUGGUUCCCGGUCCCACGACCUCCCGGCUAGCCUCUGCCUCCCAGCCCGAGGAACUGUGCGAGCUGGAGAUCCGGAUUAAGGAGCUGGAGCUGCUCACCAUAACUGGGGACGGCUUCGACUCCCAGCGCUAUAAAUUCUUGAAGGCGCUGAAGGAUGAAAAGUUACAAGGCCUGAAGACCAGGCAGCCUGGGAAGAAGUCGGCCCCUCUCUCCUGA